AUGUCAUUGCAGGGUUUCAUCGUUGCCGCCGUGCUGGCUGUCGCCGCCGCCGCCCCGGCGCCGGAGACGCCGGGCUACAAGCCCGCUCCGGCCUCCUACCACCCGGCUUCCUCCUACAAGCCGGCUUCUUACCACCCGGAGCCCCAGUACAAGGAGGAGGUCAAGCCGUUCGCUUACGAGUACGCCGUCAACGACGACUACACCGGUACCAACUUCGCCAAGAGGGAGGAGAGCGAUGGCCACAACACACAGGGAUAUUACUCGGUGGCUCUGCCCGACGGCCGUAUCCAGCACGUCAACUACGUCGUCGACAACUACGGCGACUACAGCGCUGAGGUCACCUACGAGGGAGAGGCCCACUACCCGGAGUACCACCCCGCCCCUGCCUACAAGACUGCUGCCCCGGCUUACAAGCCUACCUACAACCAUCCCGCUCCGGCCUACAAGCCUGUCCACAAACCCGUUUACAGCUCUCCCGCUCCGGCCCACAAGCCUGUCCACAAUGCUGGCUACCGCCAUCCAGCCCCUGCCUACAACGUUGCUGUUCCGGCCUACAAGCCUAUCCACAAGCCCGUUUACAGCUCUCCCGCUCCGGCCCACAAGACUGUCCACAAGUCUGGCUACAGCCAUCCAGCCCCUGCCUACAAGGUUGCUGUUCCGGCCUACAAGCCUGUCCAUAAGCCCGUUUACAGCUCUCCCGCCCCGGCCCACAAGCCUGUCCACAAGUCUGGCUACAGCCAUCCAGCCCCUGCCUACAACGUUGCUGUUCCGGCCUACAAGCCUGUCCACAAGCCCGUUUACAGCUCUCCCGCCCCGGCCCACAAGCCUGCCCAUAAUUCUGGCUACAGCCAUCCCGCCCCUGCCUACAAGGUUGCUGCUCCGGCCUAUGAGCCUGUCCACAAGACCGUAUACAGCUCUCCCGCCCCGGCUUUCAAGCCAGCGACGUACUAG